AUGAGCGUCAACGAAGAGCUUCAAUCAGGAACCGAAGAACUUGAAGCGUCGCGUGAAGAACUGCAAUCGCUCAACGAAGAACUGACGACCCUCAAUGUUCAGCUGGAAGACAAGCUUGCCGAACUAGAGGCGACCAACAACGAUCUGGAUAACUUGAUUUCCAGCACGCGUAUCGCCGUUGUGUUUCUCGAUACAGAGUUCCGUGUUCGCAACUUCACCCCGGAAGCGAUCGAUCUGUUCAGCCUGAUUCGCACCGAUAUCGGCCGACCGAUCAGCGACUUGGCCCAUAAAUUCACUGACGGAUCUUUCAUGGACGAUGCGCGGGAAGUGCUCAAGACGCUUUCCCCUGUCGAGCGAGAGGUGAAUACCGAUCAGAAUCGAAUCUUCGUGCGACGACUUUUGCCAUAUCGUACGUACGACAAUCGAAUUGAAGGGGUCGUUGCUACCUUCCAAGAUAUUACCGACUUGAAAUCGAUUCAGGGCGAACUGACUCUGCAGCGGCAGCAGCUUUCGCUCGUGGCCGAUGCCAUGCCGGUUCUAAUUGCCUAUGUCGAUCAAGACCUGAAAUACCAGUUCGCCAACGCAAGUUACGAAAAGUGGUUUGGCGUACCGAUCGCGGAUGUCGUGGGACGGCCGGUAUGGGACGUUGUCGGGCAACAUGCGUAUGAAGUCGCCUUGCCGAAAAUCGAACAGGUCAUGAAAGGGGAGCGGGUCGUCUGGGAAGGAGAGCUGCCGUACCGCCACGGCCCGGCGAGAUUCGUCCAUGUCGAAUACAUUCCGCACGCUAGUCCCGAUGGCCAGGUGAUCGGCUACUACGCUUUGAUUCAAGAUAUUUCAAAGCGUUACGAAGCAGAAAAAGCCUUGCAUGAAAGUGAGUCUCGCUUCCGCGACUUGGCCGAUAACAUUUUGCAGUUGGCUUGGACGUGCGAUGAACUGGGGCAAGUGACAUGGUACAACCGCCGGUGGUAUGAAUUUACGGGGCAAACGCCCGAAGAUGCCAAGGGAAUGGGUUGGGCCGACGUCCAUCACCCGGAUCACGUUGAACGUGUUAAAGAGAUCAUUGCCGACUGCAACGUGAUUCGAUGGUUCGGAACCAAUACCGACAUCACCGAACAGAUGGAACUGGAACACGCUUUGAAGGAGGCCGAUCGUCGCAAAGAUGAAUUCCUGGCGAUGCUGGCCCACGAACUGCGAAAUCCACUGGCUCCGAUUCGUAGCGGUAUCGACUUGCUGAUGAUGGAUCCGCGCAGCCCUCAGGAACCGCUAGAGGUGAUGGAAGAGCAAGUUCGACACCUCGUCCGCUUGGUCGACGACUUGCUCGAUGUUUCUCGCAUCACCCGUGGAAAAGUUGAACUCCGCAAAGAAAAUGUCCAGCUUCAAAAGGUCAUCCGCAAAGCGGUUAAUUCGAUCGAACCGUAUGCCGAACAAAAGAACAUCAGUUGUACGGUCGAGUUGCCUGAGGAGCCGAUCUGGCUCAAAGCCGAUCCGGUCCGGCUCGCGCAGAUUUUUGAGAACCUGAUUAUCAAUGGCGUGAAGUACACCGAAGAAGGGGGCCAGAUCGAUGUCACCCUUCGCCGCCAGGAAUCGAAGGCGAUUGUUUCAAUUCAGGACAACGGCAUCGGUAUCGAUACCGAAUUGAUGCCGCGUGUGUUUGAACUGUUCGCCCAAUCGUCACGUUCUUUCGAUCGCGAGCCUGGCGGGCUCGGCAUUGGUUUGACCAUCGUCAAAAGCCUGGUGGAACUACACAAAGGUUCC